AUGAAGGGUUCCUUUAGUAUAACGAACUGUCUCUUUCUCUGUUUCUUCCUUCUCUUGCCUUCAGAGGCAGCGUGGAAUAAGGAAGUUUUCGUCUCGCCGAAUGGUAACGACUCGUUGAGCUGCCGUACACGCGAUCAGCCUUGCAAGUCCAUCGACAAAGCUUUCGACAUAGCUUUGUUUGGCGGUGCUAAUUCAACCUUGAUCAAAGUAAAAAGUGGAAAUUACACCAUGGCAAAGAGCUUCAACUUCACUAACGUAGAUACCUUCGCUCUUGUUGGCGAUGAGGACUUAGGAUCAGGCAAGGUAAGAAUUACUUGCGAGCCAGACGUAAGCAUUUCGUUCGUUCUUUGUGCAAAUGUCAUUUUCGAAAGAAUACAGAUGCAAAGAUGUGGCAGUUGGCGAGAAAGUACCGCGGUGGCAAACAAGUCGGCUCCUAUCGGACCCGGUAACCGAGGUGUUCUGUUUAGGACCGCAUUAGACUUUCGAUAUUGUAGAAACGUGCGGUUCACCAAUGUUGAGGUGUCAAACUCCCCAGGGGUUGGAAUAAACUUCUUCAAUGUUGGAGGCAUUUUGAACUUAACGAUUUGUGCAUUCAUCGACAAUAAAGGCGCAAACUAUAAAGACUCCAACGGGCCGCUACGAACCCCAUUCAUUGGAGAUGAAUAUGUGCUUUCAGGAGGUGGGAUUAUUUUGACUCUCAGCAAGUACAGAGACAAUGUCUUUAAUGUCACACCAAGCCAACAUGACUCGUUUGAACACAACAACAGCUACAUCUUCUGGAACUGCACUUUUCUCGGAAAUGAAGCGAUCGGAUGGAAUAUUGGUAGUAUCUACUAUCAAAAAAAGGAUCCCGGUCGAUCAGAAUUUAACCUAGGUGCAGGAUUAGCGAUAAAUUUCAAAGGCAAUGCCAGUGACUGCGAUAUUCAAAUUCAGUCUUGCUCAUUUACCGGUAAUAAGGCCAUAUGGGGAGGAGCUCUUAACGUCGAAGUAAGAGAUCAAGUGAAAAGGAAUCGUUUCAUGAUAACGAACACUUCAUUUCGUGACAAUUCUGGGAGACUCGCCGGUGGGGGAGUUCGGAUUGGCAAUUUACAAACACGGGCUACAGUGGACACUAUGAAUACAUUUAUCUUUGAUAAGAACUGUGCAUUCACCAACAACAGAGCCAUUUGGGGCGGUGGCGUGUCACUGUAUGGAAGAUCUAUAUGGGGCUCUUCCAAAACGAAUACUCAAUUUUUGGGGAAGUUCAACCUUUGUAUUUGGCGAGACAACCAAGCAACAGUAGGAUCCGCAAUAGCGUUCAUGCUUGAUAGAAAACAGGAAGUCCAGGUUGAUUUGGGAAUUCCAAUCUCGAUCAGCUUCAAAGACUGCACGUUUACAGGGAACCAAGUUGUCGUUUUAGAUGAAGGUGUUUUGAUAGGAGAAGGUGCAUUGUACAGUGAUGGGGUAAUCCUUAACUUCCGAGGGAAAACUUUGUUUACAAACAAUACGAACACAGCAUUGUCCUUGGAUGGGUCGGUGACAAAGAUAAGCGAUCAUGUCAAUUUUAUCAAUAAUCAUGGUUACAGAGGAGGGGCCUUGGCAAUGCGUGGCUAUUCAAAAAUAAUAUUUCAGAAGAAUUCUACCUUAUCUUUUUACAACAAUUCGUGUGACCACAAGGGAGGAGCAAUGUACAUUGAAACUACUGGAUCUCCAAUGGUGGCUUUCAACGCAACUGGCGUGGACAUUCAUGAUUGCUUUUUCGCAUACGAAGACGCACGAGACUUUCAAUACUGGAAUACUUCUGUAAUUUUUCAAGGCAAUGAAGCAGUUGAUGAUAAAAAAGGAAACUCAAUAUACGCAACAACUCUUCAGAACUGUCGUCGGCCUGGUGAGUCUCGGCAAGACAACACAGUGCUGAAAUGGAAAUUCAUCCAUUUCAAAACUUUAGAUGGUAAGAUUUCCUCGAGAAAGAACGAAGUAACAACUGAUGCUGUAGACCUACACUUUGACCGGGAAGAUUGGGAAGUUGCUCCAGGAGAAGUAUUCAACGCAUCAGUCGAGUUAGUGGACGAGAUAGGGAACACCGUCGUUGGCAUUGUGGACAUUGAUAUCCAUGUUCCUGAAAAAGCACCACUAGUUAAACUUGGAACUACCUCUACGCUCUUUCUAGCUGACGGACAAAUAUCUUCUCUAAGUCUGACUGGAAAGCCAGAGAGUGCGUUCACGGUGGUUAUGCACUACAUGGCAAGAGAACUGUUACAGAAAAGAAUCGUAAACGUCUCUUUGCAGAACUGCCACGCAGGCUUCAUUUAUAACAGUUCCGUUCAGAAUUGCGUUUGCAUGAAAUCUCCAGGAAUAGCGCGGUGUGACUUAAAUGAUAAAAAGACUGUUUACCUGAAGAAAGGAUAUUGGGCUGGGAAAGUGGGCGAUGAUUUCACAACAUAUCUCUGCCCAGAUGGAUACUGUACCACUCACAAGUCCAUAUUUCCUUCUGAGUACACGUACAACGGAACAGUGUGCAAAAAGGGCAGAAUCCAGUCGAGUGUACUUUGUGGCCAAUGCGAGCGUGGUUACAGUAUCAUGUUUGCGAGCGAACAAUGUUCAUCCGAUUGCUCUAAUAAAUGGCUUGGGAUGAUUUCUGUCUAUGUAAUAGCCCUUAUCAUAGUUACUUGCUUCGUGUUGCUGGUUAAUCCGAAUCUGUCAGGGGGACACCUAAAUGCUUGUUUGUACUCAUACCAAAUCAUGAAAAAACUCACUCCAGAAGGGUUUACUUUCGAUUCUUUUAUUGAAUUUCUCAUCGGACUGACUAACUUUCAACUUGGAGGUGGACGUGGCGUUUGUUUCGCGGCUGGUUUAAGCAAUGUUGACAAGCUGGCCAUAUCGGCUCUCUUUCCAAUCGCUGAAAUCUUUCUGAUAUUGCCUUUAUUAAGACGGGUGUUGAUUAAAACUUGGAGCAGGGGGUUGGACAGGCUAGUUAACAGACUGAACGACAGAGAGCGUUGUCUUUGUGGCUGUUUCUGUCGAAACGCAGUUGCGAGCUGGCUGGAGUUCUUGUCUACUUCAUUCAGAGCACGUAUAGAGAAUGGAUUCGACCAUGCCUUCUUCACCGUUGUAGUUUUGUGCUAUGUCGACAUAACCAACAUUGCACUGCGUCUCUUGCAUUUCGUGAAGGUUGGUAGGCGGUGGGUGUUGUAUGAUGAUGGUAAUGUUGGAUUCUUUGACAGCACUUUGCACGGUAUAUUCAUAAUCGGCGCUAUUUUCCUUCUGCUGUUCGUUAUUUACAUCCCGUUAAGACUUGUAAUCUGCCCGCAUAAGUCAAACUUGCGACUUGAAACUUUGCACGCUUGUCUCAAGCCUGGAUAUCGCUCUUUUGUGGCCUACUACCUUGUGUGUCGACUGGUGCUGCUUCUUAUAAGCACUUUCAUGCCUACUAGCCCACUGAAAGCCUCGUUGUUGCUGUUCUUUUGCAUUUUCUUCAUGUUUGUCAUUGCAACUGUGAGGCCUUACACAGAAAGGAACCAUGGUGGCAAUGAAAACGAAGUUCUACAAGCGACAACGCAAAGUGGUAACAGGACGGUAGGAAGACAAAGAUCGAGAGAAGCAAGUCCAGGCAUCAUUGAAACUCCAUUUCCACAAGAACUAAUCCGUGUAGGUGCGGGUGGCAACCAAAUGGAAGAACAACAAACAGUGGCAAAUGAAGGCAAUGCUGAAGGAGAUCAAAAUCCGAGAGGAGAGGCAGAGGGUUCCCAGAAAAACCUGUACAUCAACGAGUCUGACCUGGUGAUCUUAAUGACGCUGAGUGCCAUUGGAGUUUUCAGUCUUGCCGCCAACACAGAGGUCUCCGAAAAUACUAAACUUGGUCUGCAGCGGUGGGUUAGGAUCUUGGCAUACGUCCCUCUGGUGAUGGCUUUGCUUCCCUACAUCUUCUAUUUACCACGCCUAGUACAGAGGUAUCGCUAUGAGAGAAGAGAGCAUCAAGUAACUGAGCAACAGGAUAUAUCAUUCAUGCCGCUCGAGCGUAGCCUCGUAUUACAAGAAGAUCGGUCAGGUGAGAACACUCCACUGAUAAGAACCAGAGAAGAUACAGAUUCUGACCAUGGUACAAGAUUUCAUACAGCCCACUCGAGCCUUCCAGUGUAGACGAGGUACGUCAUAGUUCCUAAGAUACUUAAACAACGUAUACUUUACUUACUUCCCUUUAAUCAAACGUUCUGUAAAUACGUACAGGCGCCAAUGUAGAUGGCGGAGAAAAAGGAAUUGAGGAAAGCUGUGAGGCACCUUUUACGGGGGCAAAGAGGAUACCUGCAUGAGAGCUAUAGAUUAAGAACAACUUCACCAUCCCUCUGAAUCUGAUUACUGCACACGGCGCUUUCGACCUUUCUGAUCCUUGCAGUACUUCAUAUGCAGGAUAUUUAUCCCAUACGAGCCUUUAAUGAGCAGUCUGGGUCGUAGCUUGCUUCAAAGUUUUCUUACUUGCUGGUAUCGGACUUUGCCUUCCCCUUCCCAACUGAUGACUUGAAAAAAUUAAGUUAUCUCUAUCAGUCUUACCACGCGGCUGGGGUGCAACAGUGCUUGGGAGCGUGUGGAAAGAAUGAUUCAUAACUUCUGGAAAUCAUUGUCGAGAUCAUUAUUUUACUUGUAAUGGCAGGUACUUUUGCCAUUCUUCAGAGUAACGUAUCUCAUAGCUCACAAAAGAGCUCCGUGUGGCUCAGUAGCAAAGUAACGCCCCUUAAAAUGGAAAGUCUGAGGUUCGAAUCUUUGUUCGUUUAUGUGACGAUCGAGCUUGAAAUUUGCUGUUUAAUUUCUAUCUGCGGAAGCAGUUACAGUAGGACUCUUGCGUAGUGGCAGUAUCACUACAUAAUUACCUUCAAUAUUUUUGAAAUAUCUAUACUAAUUUUGAUUUCCUCCUUUGUUUCCCUUUUUGUUGCCAGAGGUGAAAUUGUACCUAGCUACGAAUUUAGAAGCAGACGAGUCACUGAUGUGCAACAAAGAUUUGAAUAGUGUCUAUCGUAGUUGAAAAAUAAUUAUCCCUGACCAAAACCAUUGCGACGUUUGACUUUCUAAUUUUGUGCUAAUGCUUUUGUUAAAUCGAGGACUCUUAAUGCCAUUUUUUCCCCUAAAAUUAUGAUUUCACGCUAAAAAACUGGGGUGAUUAGAAUAAUAUCAUUUUCAAUCAGCGAUCUAUUAUAGCAAGCGUGACACAGUUACAGACAAAGCUUUUAUAUUGAGGUUAAUUAUAAAUUGUUAUUAUGAUGACGAGACUCACCAGAACUUUCAUUAGGCUCUAGUGUAGUCAAUCUAUAAAUUUCGAUGAUUGAUUUGAAUCCGUAAUUACACGAAGCCACUAAGUUUACUGGCAUUUAACAAGUUAGGUAAGAAUUUAGCAAGCAAUUUUUCCUCCACCUGAAGCUAGGUUUUCCUUUAUCUAAGAUAUUUGACUUGUACUGUUAGGUUGGUUUAUUAAAAUCUCUACUUUAUCUAAA